AUGGCCAAUUCGACGGUGCCCACACAUCGAGUCCGUGGGAAGUCAGCCCCCCGGGGCCGGAGUCCAGAUCCUAAAUCGUUGAAGAAGGCAGCCAAGGCAGCCAAAGAGCGAGAGAGAAGGUCGAAGAAAGAACAUGUAGGUUUGGUGACCCCACCACCCAAAACCAAGACAACACCGAGCUCUAGCCAGUCUAGUGCUCCAAAGGAAUCAUGCAGGAGGAGGAUUUCCUUUGGACCGGACACUGUCCAUGAGAUCGACCCUGAAAACAAGACCAACAAAGACAUGAAGAUCGAGGAAGCAGAUCAAAUCCUUGCAAGCUUGAAGAAGGACCCAACGCCUAUCAUAUUUGAUGGAAAGAAGACAAAGAUCAACAAGGAAAGGGAAGCCAGCUCAUCGGACGUGGAAGAGAUGGAGGAAACCAAAGUGAAAGAGAAGAAGCGAAAGGAAGGUCAGGAUGAACGCAAGAAAAACAAGACAAAGGACAAUAGAAGGACAGAUGAGAAGAAACCCAAGAGUACCGAUGGCAAGACAGACAAAACAGCCGAAGCCAAAGGUAAGUCAGAUGGAGAGAAGACCAAGGAUACUGACAGGAAAAAGAAAGCCAAGACAGAUGAUGCAAAGAAAGAAGAGACGACUGAUAAGAACGAGAAAGAAUCCAAGGAUGCCGAGAAGAAAGCUGAUUCAGACAGUGAGGAAAGCAGUGAAGACACGGGCAGCAACGGGUCUUCAACAGAGACAGAAGACGAAAGUCAAGGCAUCGAUGGUGAAGAGAUCGAGUCUGGUGAGAGCACCAGUGAUGCAGAGGAGAAAAGCGAAGAUGAAUCAUCAACUGAGGCAGAAGAUGAUGAUGAGAGUGACGAUGAUGAAAUCGAUACCGAUCGUGAAGACGAGGAAUCUGCUUCUGAAAAAGAAGAUUCCCAGAAGCCUGUUGGAAUUCUAAAGAAGCACAAGGCGCCAGCGAAGACCAAGGAAGAGAAGGAGAAGGAGGGACAGAAGGCCAAGGAAGAGGAGAAAGAGAAGGAGAAGGCGGCACAGAAGGCCAAGGAAGAGGAGGAACAGAAGGAGAAGGCGGCACAGAAGGCCAAGGAAGAGAAGGAACAGAAGGAACAGAAGGAGAAGGCGGCACAAAAGGCCAAGGAAGAGAAGGAACAGAAGGAGAAGGAGGCACAGAAGGCCAAGGAAGAGAAGGAACAGAAGGAUAAGGAGGCAAAGAAGGCCAAGGAAGAGAAGGAGGCACAGAAGGCCAAGGAACAGAAGGAGAAGGAGGCACAGAAUGCCAAGGAAAAGGAGGAGGCACAGAAGGCCAAGAAGACAAGCCAGAAGACAAAAGACAAGGAUCAAGAAGUGGAAGAGUCUAGCGAGGAUGAGGAAGAGGAAUCUGAAGGCAGCCAGUCAGAGUCAGAGUCAGAACAGACGAAGAAGAAAAAGGACAAGUCCAAGAGGAAGGCCUUGAAGGCAGAGAGCAGAAAGAAGAAGAAAGAUAAGAAGAUGAAAGACAAGAAAGGCAACAAGGCCAAGACCAAUGACCAAGAGACUGAGCCAAAGUUGAAGGAGGUUGAGAAAGACUUGGUCAAAACAAAGAAGCGUGACCGUGAUGAUGAUGAUGAAAAGGAUGGGAAAAAGAACUCCUCGACCCACAGGAAGGAGUGGCAGACCUUUGGCAGGUGGGUGAAAAACAAGAAGCGAUGUCCUGCAAAGAUUGCAGCAGCAUGCAAAGACCAGGACACCAGGCUGCGACUGUUCAACGACUACAUGGACAACGGAGAGGACUUUGCUGAAGUUGAGGCUAUCUUCCAAAGUCGUUUGGAGGAAAGCCAAAGGAGUUCAGUGAAAUAUGGGUUUAGAAAUGACCAAUGGCUCAUAAAGCACCAUGGCGCCAAGAAAGCUGAGAAAAUCAUGGCUCGCAAGAAGUCGUUGGGGUUGACAAUGGAGGACCCGGAAUUCCCAGGCGAAGACGAGUUCCUCUACUUCGUCUUCAUCGAAUUCAACAUCGAGGACAUCAAGGAAUACAAACGUAUUACAGCAUUGGAAAUGACUGGAACCUUGGAUCCUGAUGGCGUGAAGGCUUUCGUGGAUGCCGGCGGGUGCUUGGAUGGGAAGCAACACUUGGCUCUUGGCGACAAGCUGGGCGCAGAGGGGGUUGCAAAGAUGUUGGGUUCUGUUGGCCUGAAGGGUGAUGCUUCUGCCACCAAAACCAAGAAGGGCAAAGGUCAGAGGAAACCGAAGGCAAGUGCAAAACAAGAAGCCAAGGAGGCACAUACUUAG